AUGGGCGUGAGUGAGAGGGAACCGAUGGAGGUGGAUGAGAGAAGAUCGGCAAAAGAGGAUUCGGACGAGACUUCGGAUGACGGUGUGUAUGUUUAUCGAAACUGCCUAAGCGGUGAUAUACCCGACAUCAAUUACAUUAUAUAUGAAAUGAGGGACUGGGCUUCUAUAUGUACAGAUGCUGCUGAGAGGGAAACCGCGCUGAUGGAGAGCAAGGACCAGCGCAACGCAAAAAUCUGUGCAUUAAAGUUCAAGGAUGGGAAGUUUGACAUCAGAUCUGUCAAGGACUGUCUAGAGGAUCACGUGCUGACCACAGGCGAAAUCGCGACCUUCCUAUUCGAUGCUGAGGCCGCGUUGACAGGAAUAAGGGACAGGAGGGAGCUUCUCGGCAGAGAGAUUGAUAGGCUGACUGCAGCCAACAGACUGCUAGAGGAAAGAGUGAGGGAGCUUGAGACCCCUAAGGUCUGUGCGAACGUGGGGGUUCAACAUGUGCCACAUACGUCACGCUGCAACCGAGGGGUCCAGUGUGACACGAAGACGGGCUGUGCCAACAUGGGGGUACAACAUUCCCCCCCGAGGAUGUGUGAUGUCGGAAUGCAGUCGGAGGAGAUGGCAAGGGGAAUUGACGCUGGCUCCCAGGUGGAGACCUCCGAAGACACGGGGAGUGCUGAGGGAAAACGUUCUUUAUCCUCCCAGCAAAACUCAAAAGCGGGCCAGUUGCCCACCUGGGCGCAGGUUGUUGCUAAUGGAGGUAAAAGGAAAAGGAUAAGGAAGAGGAAGGACAAGACCGAUAAGGGGAAGGAUGAGACUGAGAGGGAAGUUACGAAGAGGAGGAAAGACAAGGAAGGUGGAGAGGCGAGGGUGACAGAUGCGGCGCUGGUGACACGGCUGCCCGCAACAACGGCGCUGGAGCCGCCCCCCUCACACAGGAAGAGAGGCAGAAAGAAAGUUAAGGUGAUGAACACGUCGGCUGUCAUGGUUUCCAUCCCCCCUGAAGAGGUUAGGAAGGGGGUGACAUAUAAGGAAAUCAUGACCAAGGCGCGACGCAUGAUCAGACUCCAAGAUCUGGGUAUUCCUGGGGUCGAGAUGGGGAGGGCGGUAUCGGGCGCCCUUUUACUGAAGGUUCCGGGGGCAAAGAGCGAUCAGCUGGCGGAUAGGUUGGCGUCUGAGCUGAGGAGAGUGCUCGACCCAACCAUCGAAGUUACAAGGCCAGUAAAGCGCGUUGACAUGCGCAUCACUGGCCUUGAUGAGGCGGUCGAGGUGGACGAGUUAAGGUCCGCCAUUUCGAAGGGGGGUGGAUGCCCUCCGGAACGAAUCGUGAUGGGCCCUUUCUUGCAAGGAGUGCGCGGAGGUAAGGUUGCGCUCGUCCGCUGCCCAACGGACGCGGCCAGUGCCCUCCUGGAGGGUGGAGGAUCGGUGGUGGUUGGCUGGACGAGGGCGAAAGUCCAGCGUCUCGAACCCCUGCCCGUGCGCUGUUACAGGUGCAUGGGCACGGGACACGUCCGGAGAACGUGUCCCGCAAAGGAAGACAGGUCGGGCAUCUGUUUUAGAUGUGGCCUUGAGGGGCAUCGAGCGGCGACGUGCCGUGGGAAGAUGCGUUGCGCGGUUUGCGCGGCUGCGUCACUCCCCGCGAACCACGUCAUGGGGAGCAAGGUUUGCUCUCCGCCACCACAGAGGGUGUGGGCACGGUCGGUACCCGUGCCCCAUGUUUCUCGUGCGGAACCGGCUGAGGACCUCCCUGAGGUGAUGGACACGCACUAGCGUGCUCAUCUCUCUCGGGGGGGGGGACGGCUGGAGCGGCUAGCAGUCGACUGGUUCCCUGGCAGGGUUACGUCUGCGGGGUGCGAUGUCUGGCCACCUCCUCGUGGUGCACCCCGGGCAACGUGGCCGCUCAAAGUGUCUUUCGAUACUUUGAGCCGCAACGGCUGAGGUCAGACGACUGGGGCUCGGCGGGCGUCCUGGACAUAUUCCGGGUAGCGGCCGCCGAGGGGGGGGGGGGGACCUGAAAGGGUCAAAUGUGGGGGGGGGGCGUCCUGCGUUGUGGAGUUUAGGGGGGAGGAAAGGCUCGCUCCGAGCCACGACUGGGGCGUCAUUGUUCUAGUGGGCGGCGUGUACCGGUGUGUCGCACAGGUGUGCGCGGUUCUACCCGCAUCUGUGAGACAUACCGGUGAGGUCCCAAUUGGGAUUUCCGCCGGCCACGCCCGUAACCCCGCACGUAGUGCGGGAGCGGGGGCCGCCAUUGCCUAG